AUGAGGGCGCAGAAUUCAGUCAGGUUGCCCGUCAUAUUGCUGAUAUUUUUGCUGCAAACGUAUCAUAACUUGGAUUUGCGUGCAGAUGCUGCUGUCACGUCAUCUAUGUCAGCCGAGGCUGACAUUGACACUGAGCACACGGAUUCAUACAACAUUCGCCAUGGACGCUCAAAGGUGCGACGCUCUAACGAAAAGGAACACAACCUGUGGGUCAUGCGACCCCAAAACACGCCAACAACCAAUAAAGUUGCAAAUAGACGCAACGUUGAAGCCGCCGCAAGCACAGGUGUCAGUAAGGGCGUACGCAAAGACAGCGCAAUCGUUUCGCAAAACUUCAAAGUGGAGAGCAGUUUGGUCGGUGCCGUAAGCGCUAUCGACUACGUUGAUGAGAUGGCGCCGAAUACAGCAGAAGGCAACAAUCAAAAUUUGACGAUGCACAAGAACAACGAUAAAAUGUAUAAAGUCAAGGAGCAAAAUGAUCGAUUGAGCGGGUUUUGGAGCAGCGAACCUGUCAGCAGCAUUCAAACUGGCAAUGGGCAUUUGUUCGGCAGCGAUUAUUGGCGCAAUUCAGACGCGAACGGUACGCUAAUAAGUCCGCCGGAAAUUAGUUCGCCGCAGCGGUUAAGAAUGUUGUCACAAUCUAUGCCACAGUACCGGACACAGUCAGUUGGCGAACGAAAUUCGCAACGGGCUGAUAAACAAAAUUGGGCAAGUGCAGCACACCCCUUCCGCGCUGCGAAAGCCACCGCGUUGCCAGAAACCGGCAUCAAUGGCCUUGGUACCACUGAUGCGCCAGUCACACAUCGCAUUCGUAAACUGCAUAUGAAGAAGAUAAUGGAAAGCAUACGGAAUAACGUUGAUAAGAGUCUCGGUGUCAAGUUGACGAAAAAUCAUCAGCGCAGUCUGGUGACUGCAGAACAGCUGCAGGGUAGACCAAUGGAUGUAGCGCUCAACCAUGCGCAUGAUACGGCAACCGAUGACAACGCGUUCGACAGUGCUGACAACAGUAUGGAGGAGGGCGUUAGCCAGGAAGACAGUGGCAGUCCGCAGUGA